AUGCCCGCUGGUCACUCACAGAUACUUAAAGAAUACCUAAAGUCCAUCGUUUCCGCAAAUUGUCGACUAAUCCUCCCAAUCUACAGCCUAGCAACAGAACAGUCCAAACUGAAUUCGCUCGCAGAAGUCAUUCUCAAGACUCACAAUAUCCUCAAACAGUCCCAUCGCGGUAUCGAGGCCUGGCGGAGCGGUCACGGUCGUCAAGAAGGCGAGCUCGCUCUGGUGGGUUAUUCUGUUACCAGCACUGACAGAGACAAUGGGCAUGUGUAUCGCCUCGUCCAUUUUCACAGUCUUGGAAACGCUGCUCUUAUGGGAUGUAUCAUACCCGGGCCAGAGGGCCAUCCGGUCAGCAAUUGGUUUCCACAAGAGUGCUACAGCGAUGAUCAAGAAAAACACCACCUGACCUACAAGAAGGAAGAAAGACAGCGUCAGGACAAAGAUUAUGUCUUUCCUGACGAGCAUCCUGAAACUGGAUUCAGUGCCCAAAUGAUUGAUAUGUCAACUAUGAACUACAGAGAAUAUGCCUCGUGUCUAGAUCUCAUUGCGAGGGACAUUAAUAGCCCGAGUGCGAUUGCAAAGAGGAAUGGGACGAGCUCUGGUUUAUCUCGAAGCAAGCCAUUCUCCAUUCGCCACGGUUGUCUACCCAUUGGCGUCACCAUCUCGCGACUUGGUCAAGAAAAGUAUACAUCGCUUUCCGAUACAAGAUGGUUACCAAGGUUCAGACAUGUUCAAGACUGUGUGCGACUUUCUUUUGCCUUGAAAACAACGAAAAAUGUCAUUCAAGGCACUGUGGAAUAUCUCGUGGAUAUUAUGCCUGCUCGGCGUGUUCAGCUACAUGGUGGACCAGUCACAAUUGCAACAGCACAGCAACAGAUUAUGACCGGGAUUAGUGGGCUGAGAAACAGGCAGUCAGCUAUAGGAUCGGGUUAUUGGCCGGUGAAUCUCUUCAUCGUCAUCGAUCUUGAUAACGAUUACUUGGUACUGCAAAACGCAGAGGUUCGGUUGUGCAGGAACAACCCCGACGCUAUCGUGCAGAUGGACCACAACGACAUGAAGAAGAGACUUGAUGGGCUCGCCGCUAAACAGGAUAAUUCAGAAUACGAGCUAGAAAUGCUGAUGACAAGCUGGGACAUUCAAGCAGGAAGGUGGAAAUUAUCGCGGUUUUGGAAUUACAAUGGCUUCAAACACAGUGUGAAGACAAGAUACAUGGACGCACGAGAUAGUACAGGGGACCAAUGCUCGAGUAUCCUGCCAGCGCUUCACUUUUUGGGCCCGCCAUCAUCUGGACUCAAAUCCAGUCAAGGCGUAGUGGCAGACCAAGCAGCACGCUACGUUCGUGCGCAGCCGGAUACAGACAUCUGA